AAUAUAUAAAUCUUAACCCCAGUCGGAAUCGCCAGUUCCGACUCUGAGCAAUCUGACAUACCACCUCCUCCACCGAAACAAUGAAGAAGCUGCUGUACAGGGAAGAAGAUUACUCGUCGGACGACGACGGAGAAUACUUCUUCGAUGCAGAAUACAAUCUUUCUUCUCUCACCGGGGACCCUGCUCCUUAUUUCAGGAAUGCGCCUAAUAAGCCACUCCUAAUGGCACCCAGAACACACCCGAGCACGGAGUGGGAUUGUGUCAAACUAGGGAGCUCCCCCUGGAACGAAUGUGAGGAGUCGGACCCGCCGCGCCAAGUAAAAUGGAAGAUAUACAUGCCUUUGCUAGAGAAGAAGACGAUAACAACUUGAUCAAGUGUAUUGAGAGUGGUGUACGUGUGGAUUUGAAGGACAGUGAGGGUCAGACUCCAUUACACUGGGCUGUAGAUCGCGGCCAUCUGAAUACCACCAAAGUGCUUCUAAGCAAGAAUGCGAAUGUAAAUGAAAAGGAUAGUGAAGGUCAGGGGCCAUUACAUUACGCCGCAGUAUGUGAGAGAAAAGAUAUUGCACAAUUGCUUGUGAAGAAUAAUGCUGACAUAGUACAUAGAGCUUUGCCGGAUGAAAUAUAUGAGAUGGAUACAGAAAGUCAGAAAUUGAAACCACAACUACGGUUCAAUAAUUCACAACACUUGACAGUGGGAGGAUGCAAGUGAAACUGCUUCGUAAUUGCCAAUCUGAUGGUCUAGUGUUCGGUUAUGUAUAUGAAUUAAGGAUGUGUCUAAACCUUGUCGUGUACUUGCUGGUGCAAUUAAGGAUUGAUUGUUGAUUUCAUCUCUUGGUUCGUAAUGAAGGGAACUGUCACUCCUGUCCCUUUGUUGGAAUUACUAAAAAUUGCAGACUCUCAAGGUCAAAGAAGCACAUAUGAAGGUUGCGCAGCUUGACCAGGAGGCCGGAAGGUGGCUAAAGGCAAAGAAAAUCUUGGACUGUGAUUAGCAAUAUAGAGGCUGUAAAUAGAAUCUCCCCACAUGUAUUCCAAACAUGUUUUUUAUAUUAAAUCUUGGAGUAGACUUUAUAUUUAAAUGAUUUCAAUAUGGCCCAGGCCUAACAUGAACUGUUGUAUGGUUGAUGCUUCAUACCG